AUGUUACCUUUAAAUAAUAUUCGUAAUGCCCUUUCUAUCUUUCUCUUUUCUUUUCUUCUUCCCUCUCUCCUCUCUUUUCUUUUCUUCUAUCCCUCUCCUCUCUUUUCUUUUUCUUUUCUUCUAUCUCCUUUUCUUCUAUCCUCUCUUUUCUUUUCUUUUCUUCUAUCCUCUCUCCUCUCUUUUUUUUUUUUCUCUCUUUUCUUUUCUUUUUUAUUAUCUUUUCUUUUCUUCUCUCCCUCUUCUUUUCUUUUCUUCUAUCCUCUCUUCUUCUUUUCUUUUCUUCUAUCCUCUUCUCUCUUUUCUUUUAUUUCUUCCCCUCCUCUCUUUUUUUUUCUUUUCCUUCUAUCCCCUCUCCUCUCUUUUCUUUUCUUCUUUUCCCCUUUCUCUCUUUUCUUUUCUUUUGUUCUUUUUUUCUUUUCUUCCCUCUCUCUUUUCUUCUUUUCUUCCUUCCUCUCUUUUCUUUUCUUCUAUUUUCUUCUCUUUUCUUUUCUUCUAUCCCCUCUCCUCUUUUUCUUUUUUCUUUUCCUUUUUUCUUUUUUUAAAUUCUCCCUCUUUUUUUCUUUUCCUCUCUCCUCUCUUUUCUUUUUUUCUUCCCCUCUUCUCUUUUCUUUUUUUAGUUUCUCUCUUUUCUUUUCUUCUAUCCCUUUCCCUUUUUUCUUUUCUUUUUUUCUUUUCUUUUCUUCUAUCCUCCCUCUCCUCUCUUUUCUUUUCUUUUCUUCUCCUCUCUCUUUUCUUUUCUUCUAUCCCUCUCCUCUCUUUUCUUUUCUUCUAUCCCCUCUAAAUUCUUUUUCUCUUUUCUUUUUUUUUUUUUCUCCUUUUUUUCUUCUUCUUUCUCUUUUCUUUUCUUCUAUCUUUCUCUCUCUUUUCAUUUUUUUCUUCCCUCCUCUCUUUUUUUUCUUUUUUUUUUUCUUUUCUGUUUUUCCAUCCCAUUCUACUUUUCCUUUUCUUAUCCUUUUCUCCAUUUGCUUUCUCUUUUCGCUUUCCUUUGCUUUUUCUUUUUUCGUUUUAUUUCGCUAUUUCAUUUUGCUUUCUCUGUUUCGAUUUCCUUUCGCUUUUUUUUCUUUUCUCUCUCUUUUCUGUUCGUUUUUCUCGUUUUCUUUAAUUUUUCUUUCUCUUAUUACUAUUUCGUUUUCCGUAUUUCGUUUUCCGUUCCCUUUUUCUGUUUCCUUUUUCCGUUUCCUUUUUCUUUUCUUUUUUCUAUUUUACUUCCAUUUUUCUUUUCCGUUUGCCUUUCGCUUUUUCGUUUUCCUUUUUCUUUUUUUUUUCCUUUUCCUAUUUUUCCUCUUUCUUUCUUUCUUUUCUAUUCAUUUUCUCUUUUCCUUUAGAUUUUUGUUUUCUUUCAUUUCUCUUUUCCUUUCUCGUUUUUCUUUUCCUGGCACUUUUCCAUUUCUUUUCUCUUUUUCCGCAUCCUUUUCUCUUCUUCUUUUCUUUUCUUUUAUUUCUGUUCACUCUUCCUUCUUUCCUUUGUCUGUGCUUUUUUUCUUUUCUCUACUUUUUCUGUCCUUCAUCUCUACUUUUUCUUGCACUUUCUUGCUUCACAUGAACCACAAUCAUCGUAGACCUUAA